AUGGAACAAAAGGAAACUACCUCGCUCGAUAAAGCUGCGCAUCUCGUAUCCAUAUUCGAACAGACCUUCCUCCAUGUCCGCCCAACGUUUCACCCGUCUGGAAUACAAGGAGAGAUCGCGGGAAAGAGUUCAAAUGUGGCAUUUGCCGCAAAUAGAAUUGUGGAAUUUCAUCACGAGGAACUCAAAGUAGACUCCUGCAAUGUGAUGGUUACAGUUAUGGAUGCGGAUACUCAUCUCUCACCUGAUUACUUCACAGAAAUUCGCCGCUCACAUUACCAACACAUCGAAGAAGCCGAUCGCGCAAUCUACUGUUGUCCUAUUAUAUUUGAUCGAAAUUCGCACGAAACUCCAGUCUUAGUACGAUGCGCCGAUUUGCUCUGGGGCUUCGCUGGCAUCUCAACUAUGUAUCCUGGAACUCUUAUUUCAAUUCCCACGUCUGUAUAUUCUCUACCUCUCACUCUUGCACAGAAGGUAGGAGGAUGGGACAGCGAUCCAACGGCAAUCGGAGAGGAUAUGCAUAUGCUUCUCAAGUGUUACUUCGAGACGGCUGGCAAUCUUAUCUCCCGGGUGAUAUACAUACCAGCUAGCCAGUGCAAUGUAUCCGGAGAUGGAAGUCCUGGUUGGAGAGGGGUUCUGAGCACCUGUAUUGCUCGAUAUCGUCAGGCGCUCCGACACAUGUGGGGAGCUUUGGACUCGGGUUUCGCAGCGCGACGAACCCUCGGGUACCUCCGUUUUAAUCAAGGAUGCUCAUUUCUGAGCCCAAGACAUUUUGCCCUCUUACAUCUCCUCUGGGAAGCGCAUUUCCUGCCAUGUCACGGAGUUAUCAUGAUGAUUUUUUCUGUUUUGUAUACAGCUUUAACACCUACUGUACAGCUGCACCCGACGUUGGCAGGCGUCUUCUUCGUGAACGAUAUACUUCGAACGGGAUCAUUCAUUGGAAUGAACGUCUGUAUAGCAUUGUAUGAGCGAUGGCACACGCUUUGCCUUAACUCGCGAAUGCAAGACAUGCACGAAGCGAAUCUGCUGGAUACGGGCUUUUCUCGACGUGUUUGGUACAAACCGCAACAUCUUUUGGAGAAGAUUUGCUUCCCGAUUGCGGGAACGCUCUAUGGUGCCAUUCCGGCCUUCCACGCCGUAUUUCUUCACUUUUGGACCGAUCGGUUGGUAUACCGAGUCAGCAAGAAGCCAACUUUCACCUUGGAGGCUGCGGGUUUGGCAUGA